AUGACCACUUCAAUGACGAUCAGGAACAGAAAUGAUCAUGAAGAGUACGACGAUGAAGGAAGAAAGCCGGUGAUCAGUGAAGGGACUGCGAACUCACAGGAACAGGAAGACGCUGAAGAGAACGAUGAUGAAGAGGGAAUGGUGAUCAGUGAUGGGACUGAGAACACACUGGAAGACACUGAAGAGAACGAUGAUGAAAAGGGAAACAUGAUCAGUGCGAUCACAGACAUGAUCAGUGCGAUCAGUGAAGGCACUGAAGAGAUCGAUGAUGAAGGGGGAGAGGUUAUCAGUGAAGGGACUGUGAACUCACAGGAACAGGAAGACGCUGAAGAGAACGAUGAUGAAGAGGGAAUGGUGAUCAGUGAAGGGACUGAACUCAGAGGAACAGGAAGACGCUGA